AUGUCCAAUACUGCAAGUGUUUGUGUGUUCCUGUUGUGGAUGAUUGUGCAUGAUAACCAUUGUCUCAGAAUAAUACCAGAACGCACCGACAUCGUUUACUACAACAAGACCUACGUUGAGGAUACUCCUACAUUCAACGUGAGACGUAACGCUCGCAAGGGGGACUAUGUCGUUAAUUUAAAAUUCGAGACUAAGGUUACGUUUGGAAAUGAAGUGUUGGUGGAUAUUGUGUUCUAUCAAUUUCUUAACAACGAGUUCAAGAGAUCGUUCCCUGAGAUGCAUUACAAGUUAUGUGACCUUAUAAACGACGACCCUUAUAUUGGAGAUUCUGUGAGAGAAGCUGGAUUGAAAACUUGUCCUAUCGUGCCUGGAAAAUACGCUUUGAUGAACAUAGGCUUCAAUCGCAUGAUACCUUCUGUCUGGCCAUUUGAAAAAGGGAUGGUGGAGUUUACCAUAAGCCUUGAUAAUCCGAAAGCCAUGGUAGGUAAAGGUCAACUAGUUACUACCUUCAAAGAAGAUCGCCCUAAGAAAAAACAUGAAUAA